AUGCAAACUGUUCAUGUUAAAGCUCGAAAAUCACCUUAUUCUGAUACACAAGAUGUUGAGAGAAUAAAUUUAUCGAAUGAACAAGUAUCGUGGGAUGUUGAUUUGCCGGGUUACGAACCAAGAGUAUAUACAUCACCAAUUGUCUUAAAUAACCCACCUUGGGCUGAUGAUCCUGAUCCAAAAAAAAUUCAACAUUAUAAUGAAAUAGAUGGAAAUAUUGAUCGAACAAGUGCGAUGGGUAGAUAUGAAAUCGAUAAAAAAACAAAUCGACCAAAAAAUCCUCAAGGUCGUACUGGAUUGGCCGGUCGUGGUUUACUUGGUCGAUGGGGACCAAAUCAUGCUGGUGAUCCUGUUGUUACACGUUGGGCUAAAGAUCAACAAGGUCAUAAAAAAAAAGUUUUAGAAAUUAUACUUAUUCAUAGAAAAGAUACUGGAGAAUUAGCUUUACCAGGUGGUAUGGUUGAUGCUGGUGAACAUGUAUCAGCAGCAGUCAAACGAGAAUUUAUUGAAGAAGCUAUGAAUUCUAAUCAUGAAGGAGCCAAACAAAUCGAAGCAUUAUUUCAAAAAGCUGUUUCAAUUUACAAAGGUUAUGUUGAUGAUCCAAGAAAUACGGAUAAUUCUUGGAUGGAAACCGAAGCUGUCAAUAUGCAUGAUGAAACAGGCGAAUUGACAAAAAAUUUAAAAUUAGAAGCUGGUGAUGAUGCUAAAAAAGUAAAAUGGUAUCUACUUGAUCGUGAUCAUCAUUUAUAUGCAUCCCAUGAAAAAAUAAUUCAAACCGUUAUUAAAAAUCAUGGAGCUUAUGAAUAUUGGCAUCACAAUUCUAGCUCAACAAAGUCCAAUUAA